GGAGAGCGAACUGCACAUGUAGCUAUGCAUACGGUACGCAUACUCGUGCCUCCGCAUGCAUACAUGCAUACUACAUGCAUGCGUAUGGUCGCACGGAGGCACACGUUGGACUACAAGCAGAAGAAAAGACAGCUGGUAAAAUCAGCGAAUGUGCCCUGUCAAGCGCAACUUCAAGCUUGCAGCAGGCUGCUCGUCGACGCGGCUACCUCCAAAUCAGCACGGGUCAUUUUUUGACCACGUCUUGCCUUCCCACACACGCCAGCAGCUAGUCGCAUGCGAGCCAAACCCAUACACUCGCCAACACCAGAGGGAAGCCAUAGGACUACACAACGAUGAGGAGCCCAGGAGUCACGCCGGUGCUGUUUGGCGCCUGCCUAGCGUCCGCAGGGGUGCGAGAGUGCUCCUGCUUCACGGCGAGCCUCCGCGUGAGCACGGGACGGCCAGCAGCAGCGGCAGCACCAGCAUCUCUCUGGCGGUCUAACAAGAUAAAUAGCACGAAGAACAGCAGCGGUAGGCCGGCUCGAUUCUCAGCGGCAAGAACGGCGACGGCGAGAGGCCGGCCGUCCUCCGCCGCAUCCUCCCCGACCGCGGCAGCCGCAGCGCUAGGUGACUGUAGCGGCGAUGUCAGCAGCAGCAGCAGCAGCAGCCAGGGGAAGCCAUCCUCCUUCAAGGGCAAUGAGUCCACCACGCGACGCCGCCGGAGCCGGCGCCAGAGGCGACCAACACUUCUCGCAGGCGGCAGGGGGAGCCCAACCACUGCCGAGCAACAGCAGCCGCAGCCGCCACAGGUUGAUGCGGAGGGGUCGAUGACGACCAGCCAGCAGCUCAGCGCGGAGGUCUCGGCGCGCAGGAGCAGGUCGCGGGCGUGGGGGCUGGUCGGUUUCCCGCCGGGAGGCUACUACGACGGUGACUCCGAGGGGCUGACCUCCUCCUCCUCCUACCCCUUGAUUGGAGAGGACAGCGCCGCCGGCGCCGCCGUGGCGGAUGCGACGGACAGCGCCCUGAGAGGUCGGUACCGUGAGGAGCACCGGGACUGGCAGGAGAAGCUCGAGCGCCUCGUGGACAUGUCGGAGCCGCCGCCGGAGCUGCUGGCGGCGGCGCAGACAAGGUCCAUCGGCGACAUGAUGCCGCCCCCCCCCGCCACCAAGUCCCUGGAGGAGGAGGGGCAACAACAACCACCACAACAAAAACAACAAGGAGGAGGAGCAGAAGACGGCUUGUGGACGUCGAGGGCGAUGCUGGCAGGGGCGGCCAUGCUCUACGGAACCAACUUCGGCUGCGUGAAGCUGCUCGAGGAGUCGGUGCCCAUGUCCCUGGCGGCGGCGCUAAGGUUCUCGGUUGCGCUGGUGCCGUUCGUGCCGUUCCUCAAGAAGGUCAACCCGGGGGUGUUCCGGGCGGGUGCGGAGGUCGGCCUUCUGAACGCGAUCGGGUACUGGGCGCAGUCAGAGUCGCUCAUGACAACCACGGCCUCCAAGUCGGCCUUCAUCUGCAGCCUCGCGGUCGUCUUCGUGCCGCUUCUGGACGCCCUGCUAGGCGGGGACAAGAAGGACAGCCCCAAAGCCGCCCAAGAGAAGGCCGCCGCCGGAGGCGGAGGCGGCGGGGUGUUUGCGGCGAUGAACGGGCCGUGGUUUCCCGCCCUCCUGGCGGCGGCAGGGGUUGCCUGCCUGGAGCUGAUCGGGGUGGAGGGGGGACCCAACUCGGGGGACGUCUGGGCGCUGGUGCAGCCGCUGUGCUUCGGUCUGGGCUUCUGGCUGACCGAGCGCUGCUCCAGGAAGUACCCUGAAGAGAUCUUCGGGCUGGUCGCGGCUCAGCUCCUGACGGUCGCCGUCCUCGCCGUGGGGUGGUGCGCCCAGGCGGGCGAUCUGCCGCUGUCCCUGGCGUCUCUGCGAGAGACGGUGCUCCCUUCGUCAGGGAACCUGGCGGUGCCGAUCUCGCUUAUGUGGACGGGCCUCGUGACGACCUCCCUGACCGUGUUCGGCGAGACCGUGGCGAUGAAGAAGGUCUCCGCGGCGGAGUCCACAAUCAUCCUCUCCACCGAGCCCAUCUGGGGCACCGCCUUCGCCGCCGUCCUCCUCGGCGAGAGCAUCGGCUGGAACACGGGGCUCGGGGCUGUGCUGAUCGUUUCGGCAUGCACUUGGACGAGCGUGGGCCCCGCGCUCCAGAGCAAGAUGCUGUCGCUCGCGGCGGCGGUGGCCGGGGCGGGCACGGUGGUGGAAGGGGGAGAUGACUUGGCGGAGACCGUGGGUACCGUCAUCAAGGAGAUCGUCAAGGACCCUUAA